UGUAUCCUGUCCACUCCCUUGCGACUCUAUGCGGCAUAGCUUGGAUCCGAACAACUUUACGAGCUGAGCAUGAAUUGGUCACGAACCUGCCUGUGUUUUCGUGACAUGUACCCACAAUUGGCGUAGGUAACUUAUACUUGAGGGUUGUUUUGUGAGUACCCGGUUGAUCUGCAUCAAUAAUAAGCAGAGUGUGACAAGCUUACGGUACCCGAAGGAUAGAGCCGGUAUGCUGGUGAUUGGGCGGCGAUGAUUUUGGCGACAUGCCUGUGUUACUUGUCGAGGACCUCGCUUUGUGCAAUUUCUACUUUAGGUAGUUGCGAAGUGUUGUACGGGUCAAAGGGGUUAUGGUACUUACAUAUCCGACAUGUCUUGGCAAUAUCGCGUUAGAAGACUUCAUGAUUACAUGUGCCUUUAAAUGUCUCUUGUGAAGAGCUUGAGUUGAGUAGAUUAUAUCUCGACUGUACUCUGAGCUGUUGAAGAUCGAAAAUCCGUACAUCGUGCUGUAAUUUCGGCGCUUUUCUUUGUAAAAUUGCGAUACUGUAUCAGGGAGAGAGAGGACACAACUAUCUCCCUGUUCGCGUCGAAGUCAUUCUCGAAUUUUGCUGGUUUUGCCAAUCCACCACAUAAUGGCGCCGCACUUCGACCAGAUUGUCCUGACUGACCACGGCACCUCUAGCACAAAUGGCGUUGCUUCACAUCUCAAGAAGAAGAAGAAUGGCGUUCAAGACGCUAGUGAAAGUGUCGAAAUGUUGGAACUGAAGCCAAUGGUCUCGCAUAUCCCACAAACAUUCAAUGUCUGCGUACACCAUAUGAUCCAAGAUCGCGCUGCUUCACAGCCCAAAGCGCCUGCAGUAUGCGCAUGGGACGGUCAGUUGAGCUAUGCAGAGCUAGAUGCCUUCUCUUCAUCAUUCGCGGCUCUUCUAGCCCAGCACAAAGUAGGCCCUGAGGUAUACGUCCCUAUCUAUUCAGAAAAGUCGGUCUGGGUCCCUGUGGUGAUGCUCGCAGUGUUGAAGGCAGGUGGUGUCUUCGUGCUGUUAGACCCAUCCCAUCCAACAAGUCGACUAGAAGAGAUUUGCCGGACUGUUGGUGCCACAACCAUCGUGGCGUCACGACGGCUGGUUGAGAAAGCAGAAAUCUUAGCGCCUGAUGUCGUCGUAAUGGGCGACGACUUAGCGAGAUCUUCGCCUGCAUUCUCUGCAGGUGCUGUGCAUCCUCGGAAUGCGGCUUACGCCGUGUUCACCUCAGGCACAUCCGGAAAACCGAAAGGCGUCAUCAUCGACCAUAGGGCUUUUUGCAGCAGUGCAGUGGCACAUGCUGAAGCUCUCGGCAUGGAUGCCAGCUCUCGGGUGCUGCAAUUUGCUUCACACGCGUUCGAUGGUUCUCUGACGGAGAUGUUGACGACAUUGAUCGUGGGUGCCUGCAUCUGCAUUCCCUCUGACGAGGGACGAACACGUGACCUAGCUGGCGAAGCGCGGAACUUGAAGCCCAGCUGGGCAAUACUUACGCCGUCGGUCACGCGGAUUCUCAAUGUCCACGACUUUCCGACCUUGCGCACAUUGGUUCUAGGUGGAGAGGCAAUCCAUGCGAACGAUGUCCGCAAAUGGGCGCCGCACGUGGAACUGUUUGUCGCGUACGGCGUGAGCGAGUGCGCGGUCGCCAACGUUGCGCGACGAUGCACGAUUGAUGACAUCGACCACACCAAUCUAGGCUUUGGCACUGGUGUCACGUGUUGGAUCGUCAAUCCAGAUGAUGUUGAUCAGCUGGUAUCGGUUGGCCAAGUUGGCGAGCUCCUCCUUGACGGGCCGGCAGUGGGCCGUGGUUACAUUAAUAAUACUGAGCGGACCACCCAGUCCUUCAUUGAUCCGCCUCAAUGGUAUCGUCAAUAUCGGCCGGACUUCGCUUCACCAGGAGUGAAGCUGUACAAAACAGGAGACUUGGUGUCAUAUAGCGCUGCGCGAGAUGGUUCGAUACGCUAUGUCGGACGCAAAGAUGACCAAGUCAAAUUCCACGGCCAGCGGCUGGAGGUUGAGGAGGUCGAACACCAUCUGCGACACGUCCUUCCCACCGCCCGCGGGCUCGUGGUGGAUGUUGCAAAUGCUGAUGGAACUGAGACCUUGGUCGCGUUCAUUCUCCCAGACAUUGAUAACGCCGCGCGACAUGGUAACGGGCACGUUGAGGGAUUCGUUAGCUCAAGCGAUGAGUUUCGUGCACAGGUGCAGCUCGUGCAACAACAGCUGACUGGGUCGAUACCCAAAUGGAUGAUUCCAAGUGUCUUUUUGCCUCUAAUAUCCAUACCACUUUUACCGAGUGGGAAGACUGAUAGACGACGGCUACGUUCCUUAGCCUCAAGCCUCACCCGGUCUCAACUCAACUCGUAUAUAUCUUUCUCGUCUUUGACGGCGAAGCGACAGCCAGCCACGCCAAAGGAAGAAAUACUCCAACGCCUUUGGGCCAAUUCUCUUCAGAUCUCAACAGAAGAUAUCGGCUUAGAUGAUAAGUUUUUUGAUUUAGGAGGCAAUUCUAUCUCUGCGAUGAAGCUAGCCGGCGCAGCUCGGCAGGAGGGACUGAGUCUCCCAGUUCGCCUUGUAUACGAACAUGACAGCCUUGAAACCAUGGCAUCUCUAGCUCAGCUUAACUCGCCGGGCAGUAGUGAUCAUGUUAAGCCAUUUUCUCUGCUCCCAGACUCGGCCAGUACCGAGGCCUGUAUCGCGGCUGCUAUCCAGCAGUGCCAACUUCAUAGCACUUCUGAAGUCGAGGAUCUGUAUCCCUGCACUGCUCUACAGGAAGGUUUGAUGUCACUGACCCUCAAGAGACCUGGUGCAUACACUGUUGCUUUCGAGUAUGAGCUUCCUGCUGAACUUGAUGUGCCUCAAUUCAAGAGCGCAUGGAAUGAUGUAGUGAAUGCGAACCCUAUUCUUCGAACGCGCAUCAUACAGAUAAGCGGCUCUCUCUACCAAGCAGUUAUCCGUGGAGCCCUUCCAUGGGUCUCAGAAACAACUCAGAGAGCUACCCUAGAUAAUUGGAAAAUAGGUGGCCCACUGGCUCGUCUAUCCCUUGAAACAUCAUCUGGUGGUGGCCAUUACCAGCUUGUUUUCGCCUUUCACCACGCCAUUAGUGAUGGGUGGGCCAUGCCACUGCUUCUACAACAGGUGCAGGCAGCAUAUGAAGGUUUCACACUGGUACCUCGUCCCUUUAAUAAUUUCAUCGCUUAUAUACUUCAAAUGCGGACUAACUCCGAAGAUUUCUGGAAAAAUCAAUUUAAAGAUUUGCAAUCUGCUACAUUCCCUGCUCUUCCCGCUACAGCUUACAUCCCUCAGCCUACCCUUAAGAAGGCUCUCGAUAUACCACUCGACUUUCGAGGGAGAUCCGAAUUUAGUGCGCCUAACCGACUUAAACUCGCCUGGAGCAUUCUCAUCUCGCUUUAUACAGAUUGCUCAGAUACCGUAUUUGGUGUUACUGUCUCUGGCCGUGGAGCGCCAGUCUUUGCAAUAGGGGAUAUGACUGGACCGACGAUCGCGUCUAUACCUUGUCGUGUCAAUGUAUCCCCGGGCACCUCAGUCGGGGAUGCACUGAGGAUAGUGCAGCGUCAAUCUACAGAUGUAAUUCCCUUUGAGCAAUUUGGUCUACAGCAUAUCGCCCGAAUUGGACCUGAAGCUGCCACUGCGAGCCAGUUUCAGAGCUUGUUGGUUAUUCAACCCGAGAAAGACCAACUUCCAGAGCUGUUCAGAAAUUCCAAGGAUCUAGCUUCUCUCGAUGCAUUUAGCACGUAUGCGAUCACAUUGAUCGUUGAACAAUUGGCCAACUCUGUACAUAUAGUGGCUACUUACGAUCCUAAUGUAAUUGAAGAAAUACAAUUCAACCGAAUGCUGCACCAAUUUAGACAUAUCUUUCAGCAGCUUAUUCCAUCACAGAAGUCUCUUUCUAUUUCCGAGUUGGACACAACAAGCGUAGAAGAUUGGUCUGAACUCAGGCGAUGGAACCAGUCUCUUCCAGAACCGGUCCAUUCAUGUGCACAUGAACUUAUCCGGAGACAGUCUGACCUUCGCCCAGAUGCCCCCGCCGUAUGUGGUUGGGACGGAUCAUUCAGUUACGGUGAGCUAGAGCAACUCUCAUCAAGCUUUGCCACAUGCUUGAUAGACCUGGGUGUUGGUCCUGAAAUCUUCAUCCCGCUCCUAUUCGAAAAGUCUAGAUGGACUACAAUUACUAUGCUAGGUGUACUCAAAGCUGGAGGAGCAUUUAUUCUUCUUGACCCCUCCCACCCCACACAGCGGUUACAAAGUAUUUGUCGAGAUGCCAAAGCCCCAUUCGUUAUCAGCUCGGAGCGAAACGCUGCCAUGGCUAAAAGCCUAACGUCACGUGCAGUUAUUCUCAACGUAGAUUGGAAGCCUUCCGAGACGCCUACCAAAGUCAUUUCUAUGCCCAACUCUCUAGUCCAACCCCAUAAUUCUAUGUACGCAGUCUUCACUUCAGGGUCUACAGGCAUGCCAAAAGGCGCGGUUCACUCUCACAUAUCCUGGUGUACAAGCGCUCAGGCGAACCGUGUCGGCCUGUAUCUUGAACCCGAUUCAAGAGUCUUCCAAUUUGCUGCUUACGCCUUUGACAUCAGCAUUGCGGAUAAUCUACUCACUCUAGUUGCGGGAGGGUGUAUCUGUGUUCCGUCAAACCAAGAUAUCCAAGGUGGAAGCCUGAUUGACUCUAUUAAUAGCCUUGGCGCCAACUGGGCCUGUCUCACACCCUCUGUCGCUCGGAUUAUUGAUCCUAAUGAGACACCUGGCUUGAAAAAGCUUGUGCUCUGUGGAGAGCCUAUCGCUAAUGAAGUAAUAUCGCUUUGGGCUCCUCACGCCCACCUGCUGAAUCUAUAUGGCCCUGCAGAGUGUGCAAUCCUUACUACCCUACACCGGAAUGUCCGUAACAAUAAAGAUCCUAAUAACAUCGCCUUCCCUACCAGUGCGGUGUGCUGGGUAGUUGAUAUGAACAACGAGAGAAGAUUAGCGCCCGUUGGUACUGUGGGCGAGUUGUUUGUCGAAUCGCCUAUUGUAGGACUUGGUUAUCUUAAUAACCCCGAGCGCACUGCUGCCUCAUUCGUUACGGCAACGGAAUACCCUGCCUGGCUGUCUAAUUUUCGACCAUCAGGAUCAGCUCGCCUCUACCGAACGGGUGAUCUUGUCCAAUACACGAGCGAUGGAUCCUUGCGCUACGUCAGUCGUAAAGAUACCCAAACCAAGCUUCGAGGACAACGUAUCGAGCUCGGUGAAGUCGAACACCAUCUGCACCAAUGUUUUCCGGAGGCAGAAGAGGCAGUUGCUGAAGUAGUCUUGCAUAAGAAUACAAAUAGGCCAGCAUUGACAGCAUUCAUUGUGUCUAAGCAGAGGAUGUUCAGAAUGUCAGAUGCUCGCUUCAGGGUUCUCGCUGCAGAAGCUACCGGGAAGCUUGAGGCUCUUCUGCCUAUCUACAUGGUGCCCACCGUGUUCCUGCCAGUGAAUUAUUUGCCGUAUAGUAAGUCUGGCAAGCUGGACCGCAAACUACUUCGUAGCAUGGCGGCAGAUAUCUCGCCAGAAGAGUAUAGCGAACCUUCAGCCCCUGUGCAGGCUAUUCAUUCAUCUCGUGAAGAGCACAUUUUGCAAGAACUUUUCGCUCAAGUCUUGCAAGUUAAACCUGACAGAAUAGGUCCUCGCGAUCAUUUCUUCCGCUUGGGUGGAGAUUCGAUUCUAGCUAUGAAUCUAGUGGCGUUGGCGAAAGACCGUGGCCUAAGUUUCAAUACUGCUGAUGUAUUCAGACAUCCAACAGUGUAUUCACUGGCAAAGAUUGCACAAAAUUAUACAAAUGGUGUUGAGCAUCAUGUUGAGCCGCUUUCUUUGCUCCAGGGUGAAGCUCAUCAAGGCGACAUCCUAAAGGACGUUGCCAGUCAGUGCCAAGUAGAUGAAGACAUUGUUGAGGACAUUUACCCAUGUACUCCCUUACAAGAAGGUCUGAUGGCUCUUGCGGUGAAGACGCCAGGCAUGUACAUUGCUCGAUUCAAGUACCUGAUUCCUCCGAGUACAGAUAUUUCUCGAUUUCAAGAGGCUUGGAAUGCAGUUAUCGUUGCUAAUUCGAUCUUACGCACGCGCUUGGUACAAUCAGGUAACACUAACAUCUUUCAAACCGUUUUAAAACAACUGCCACCGUGGGAGUUUUUUGAUACCUCGGAUGGGCAGCAGAACCACGCAGAAGCCCUCUCCAUGGGCUUAGGCUCGCCCUUGGUGCACCUGUCUCUUGCUCCUUUACCUGACAGAAAUAACUGGCAUCAGUUUCUCUGGGUUAUCCACCAUUCAUUAUACGAUGGAUGGACUCUCCCCUUGCUUUGGGAACAAGUUAAGAGAUCAUAUGAGGCACAGGAUCUGAUCUCUCGGCCAUUCAACUAUUUCGUUCGCCACAUUGGCCGAACUCAAGGAGCCCACGACUUUUGGAUCUCACAAUUUGACGAUCUAAAUAUAGCGACAUUCCCUCAACUCCCUAGUCUUGACUACCGCCCCAAUCCUAAUCAGUCCUUUACUCAUUCUAUCACGGGGUCUUCAGACUAUAAGAAAGACUACACGCUGUCGACUCUAAUUCAGCUGUCGUGGGCAAUUGUUCUUUCACGCUACACAGAUUCUGAUGAUGUGGUCUUUGGGCUAACUUCGAAUGGCCGCGCGACUGCUUUGGAUGGCAUAUCUGAGAUCACUGGCCCUACUAUUGCCACUGUCCCAGUCAGAGUGCUCUUACCUGGGGAUAGAACGCUAAAUGCCUCGCUAUCGGCAUUGCAAGAACAGACUCUCGCAACUAUCCCUUUCCUGCAUUACGGAUUGCAGAAUAUCCGCAGGAUCAGCCCUGAUGCAUCCACAGCAUGCGGAUUCCAGACCCAGCUGGUCAUUCAACCCUCGGAUAUUACAUCAGAAUUGGAUCUUGGUGGGUUGGCUACCGCAGAAUCAGAGAGGUUCGACGGCUAUGAAGGGUUUGCAAGCUACUCAUUCGUCAUGUUCCUUCACUUACAGGAAGGGUCGAAUGACUUGGAAAUCUCCGUUAAUUUCGAUCCUAACGUUCUCGUAGAACAUGAGGCCCGUAGGUUGGUAGAGCAGUUCCAUGCUGUCUUACACCGGUUGUCGGCGAAACAUGACCAUCUUCUUAAAGAUAUUGAAGUCAUGAGCGAAGAGGAUACGAUCCAGCUUGCGAUUUGGAAUGGCCAUGUUCCACCGCCUGCGCUGGAAACUCUACACGACCUCGUCACUCGUAACAGUAUCAAGACCCCAAAUAGUUCAGCUGUAUGUGCGGGGGAUGGGAAGUUGACAUACGACGAGUUAAACACCUGGUCGGCACGGUUGGCGGGACGGCUUCUUACCAUGGGAGUCGAAACGGAGUCUACAGUCGCAGUCUGUCUGGAAAAAUCUCGGUGGUCGAUUGUGACCCUUCUUGCCGUGCUUCGUGCUGGCUGUGCAUGUGUGCUUAUCGAUCCGGGAUAUCCACGCCGCCGAAUAGAGGAAAUUAUCAAGAAAACUAGGCCACGACUUAUAAUUGUAUCAAAGGCCCAUCUGGCCCUUGUAGAAAGCCUCGUGCCUCGAGUACUGUCCAUCUCAGAAACCUCAAUUAAGGAGCUCCCGCCACAUGGAACAAGACUGCCCAAAGUUCAGCCCCAAGCCGCUGCUGUAAUUUUGUUCACUUCAGGCAGUACAGGUACACCAAAAGGUAUCGUCAUGGAGCAUCGCAACCUCUGUACGAGCAUUCUAGCCCAUGCUGGUGCUAUGGAAAUUUCUUCGGACUCACGAUCCUUGCAUUUUGCUUCGUACGCUUUUGAUGUGAGCAUCUACGAAAUAUUCAAUACUCUGGUAUUUGGAGGUUGCGUCUGCAUUCCAUCAGAACACGAUCGAAUGAAUAGGCUAGCUAAAUUUAUUCGCGAUCAACAAGUUAACUGGGCUCUAUUGACGCCAUCUACACUGAAUCUGUUUCGACCGGAGGAUGUGCCUUCCUUGAAGACCCUGGUGCUUGCAGGAGAAGCAGUCACCCGCGACCCAGUAGACAUAUGGGCCAGCAAAGUAAGUCUCAUCAAUGCAUACGGCCCAGCUGAGGGUACUUUUUGCACAGUUGGACCCAUCCCAUCUUCGGGAUGGAGACCCGGCACGAUUGGGCGAAUGGUAGGAAGUGUUGGUUGGAUCGUAGACACAUCGAGUCCAGACACACGAUUAGCAGCCAUCGGCACCAUUGGAGAGCUGUUGAUCGAGGGCGCAAUUGUAACAAGAGGGUACCUCGAUGAACCGGACAAGACAGCUGCGGCUUAUAUCAAUCCACCCGCCUGGCUACGUACCUUUCGCUCGGGUCGACAAACCGGACGUCUGUACAAGACUGGCGAUCUGGUACAGUACAACCCUGAUGGCACUAUACGCUAUGUCGGCCGAAAAGAUACUCAAAUAAAGUUACGAGGUCAACGAGUAGAACUGGGCGAAGUCGAGUAUCAUGUGAAGAGUCGCUUUGCUAGUGCGACUGAUGUUAUCGUUGAUGUUAUCGCUCCCCCUACAGAAGGCAAGGCGGCUUACCUUGCUGCAUUUAUUUGCUCGAACAUAGACACAACAACCACCAACGAGGACUCUAAUAGUAUUUUCCAACAGCCAAGUGAUAGUUUCCGAGAAUGGUCUCAGAAGGCAACAGCAGAGUUAUUAUCUUCCAUCCCAUCAUACAUGGUUCCCGAGGUACUACUCCCGUUAAGGAAGUUGCCUCUUACUCGGAGCGGUAAAGUAGAUCGACGACAUUUACGAGAAGCUUGUAUGUCCCUGUCUAUUGAUCAGAUCCAAUCAUAUUCCAUUGUAGUUGAGACCACCAAACGAGCAGCAACUACAGAUACUGAACGAACUUUACAACUAAUUUGGGCACGCGUAUUGAACCUCCCUGCUGAAUCUAUCGGCAUGGAUGACAAUUUCUUCCGCCUUGGGGGCGACUCCAUUAACGCCAUGCAAGUUGUCGCUCAGUGUGCCUCUGCUGGAUUGAAAACUUCCGUUGCGGUCCUAUUUCAAAGCAAGACAAUCGGGCAGAUGAGCAUACGAACCGAACAGAUGCAGCACUCUCCCUCAUUCGCAGCUGAAACUAUCAAUAGGCGAUUCAACCUGUCACCAGCGCAGAAGUUGUUUUUUAACGUUGCUGGCAGAGCGUAUAACCACUUCAACCAGAACCUGACAUUCCGGCUCGCUAAACCCUUAUUAAAAGAGAGGGUGAUGGAAGCUGUUCUCUGGCUUGUUACAAACCAUUCAAUGCUACGUGCUCGGUUCAGCCAGUCUUCUGAUGGUCAAUGGGAGCAAUUCAUUACUGAUGAUCAUGCUCAUAGCUUUUCGUUCAUAGAGCACAGAGUGCCAACAAGAAGCGAAGCGCAGUGCUUAAUCCAUGCCGAUCAAAGAAGACUGGACAUUCAAAAGGGACCUCUAUUCCUCUGUCACGUGAUUGAGAUUGAUGAGGAUGCCGAACUCUACCUCUCGCUUACAGCGCAUCACUUGAUAGUCGAUAUAGUGUCUUGGAGAGUCCUCCUAUCUGAUCUAGAGCUCCUCCUUCAUGGCAAACAGCAACCACUCGCGCCACCUAUGCCAUUCCAAACUUGGAGUCGGCUACAGAUCUCAUACGCGGCGAAGAACCUGCAUCCUACCAAUGUUAUACCCCAGUACACCCCCAUAGACAUGUCAUCCUACUGGGGAAUUGAAAGCACAAAAAAUUACUGGGGCGAUGCUAUCGAAAGUAGCUUUAUUCUAGGAAAGAGUGAAACGCAGGCUCUACUUGGGCCAGCCAAUGAUGCCUUUAGCACUACACCAGUUGAAAUUAUUCACGCAGCUCUUCUUCAGGCCUUCGUCCAGACUUUCCGCAGUCGACGUCCGCCAGUAAUCUUCUCCGAGGCGCACGGUCGCGAACCGUGGAACCCUGCUAUUGACCUGACCCGGACAGUUGGUUGGUUCACGACAAUGUGGCCUGCAGAUAUCUUUAUUCAGCCACAUGAUGGCAUACUUGACAUCGUGCGAAAAACAAAAGAUGCACGGCGUCAGGUGAAGAGCAAUGGAUGGGAAUACUUUACAUCUCGUUAUCUUCAUCCCAAAGGUGCAGCGCACUUACACCAGGAGCCACCUUUUGAGGUACUGUUCAAUUUCGACCCAGGCUUCACGAAAAACCCGACGACUCUGCUUCAGCCGUCCUCUCUUACUGAGGGGGAGCUCCACCAAAUGUCACCUGAGAUUCUACGGUUUGCAUUAUUUGAUGUCUUAUCCGAGGUCAAAGGCUCUCAAUUGCUAAUCCGCUUCAUUUAUAAUCGGCACAUGCAACGGCAGGAGGCGCCAAUCAGCCAAUGGAUCGAGAACACGAAGAAAUCUCUCCAGUUGGCCGCUAAAGACUUGGUCAACUGUGCUCCAGGUUUUACGGCUUCAGACUUCCAACUGUUGAAAUACUCAUAUGAGGAAUUCGACGAAUUCAACGAGACUGUAGUUGCAAAACUGAGGUCACAGUCUUCAGAGGUCAAAGAUGCCUACCCUUGUUCUCCAAUACAAGAGGGUAUGAUACUCAGUCAAGCUAAGGCCACGGGUCUGUAUAUCAAUCGAUGGUUUUGGAUGGCAAAAUCCCAAGAUGGGUCCCUCAUAGAUCCAAAACAACUCAUAAAUGCCUGGUAUCAGGUACUGCAAAAGCAUCCGCUUCUUCGAACAGUGCUCUUCGACAACCCAGAUCGAAGCGGCAAGCAUAGCCAGCUUGUUCUCAAGGAACCCCAAACUGAGAUGUGCGCCAUACUUAAAAGCAGCGACGACCCUCUGAAAAAUCUCAAGACACACCAAUUCGAGAUACAACCUUUAAGCCCACCGCAUCGGCUUGCCAUCUGUGUAUCGUCUUCCGGGGAGCUCGCCUGUUUGUUACAAAUAGACCACACGGUUGUUGACGGCAUAUCAAGACAGCUCUUGUUACGUGAUAUUCGGCUUGCAUAUGACCAUAAGCUUGAAAUGUCAACGCAAAAUACCUACCGGGAAUACAUCCGUCACCUAGAGAGCCAACCGCUCAGCGAUGCCAUCAUGUAUUGGGAAAAGUAUCUUGCCUCAGCUGAACCAUGCAUAUUGCCAGCAUCACCGCCUCGUGGAUUGUUGGAUGAUACUAAGAACACGAAACAAUUUCUUCAACUCGCCCUUCCAUUCAACACUGAGAUCCGAGAGUUCUGUGCGCGGCAUGGAUUGACAGUAGCCAACACAUUCCAACUAGCUUGGGCGCUUGUGUUGAGAGUUUACCUCAACUCGAGUUCUGCGUGUUUCGGUUACAUGACAUCCGGAAGAGACGUCCCAAUUCCUGGCAUCGAUAACGCUGUUGGUCCAUUCAUUAACCUGCUUAUUUGUAACAUUGGGCUUAACUCAGACGAACGCGUCCUGGACUUGCUACACAAGAAUCAAGCAGAGUUUGUGGAAAGUUUGGUGUACCAACAUCUAUCAAUGGCUGAGAAGGUCAAAGCAACCAAGUCGCCUGAAACCAUGUUAUUCAAUACAAUUAUGUCUGUUCAGAAGGAAAUCGAGGACUCUCCUAACGACUGUACUAUCGAGUACGAUCUUAUCAUCAACAUCGGCGUUUUAAACAAGGAUAUUGAGGUCUCGUUAGAGUACUCUAGAACAUUCUUGUCAGAUGAACAGACCGAGAAUAUUGCCGACGCAUUCCAACAAGCCUUGCUCAGCAUAAUGUCAGACCCGCAUCAGGAGGUCAAGAGCGUAAAUCUUUUCGGCAGCCUGAGCAAGGAUCGUGUGCUUCAGUAUAACCAGAAGGAAGCAGUGCCGAUAGAAGAGUUCGUCGAUAAACUUAUUGAACGUCGUUGCUUAUCCCAACCUUCUGCCUUAGCUGUUAACAGUUGGGAUGGGGAUUUGACUUAUAGGGAACUUGACGAACUAUCUUCUUAUGUGGCCGCAGAGCUACGAAGACACGGUGUUGGGCCGAACCAGCUCGUACCUCUUUGUUUUGAAAAAUCAUGUUGGACAGCUGUUGCUUUGCUUGGAGUGUUGAAAGCCGGCGCCGCGUUCAUGUUGUUGGAUCCAUCGCAUCCAAUUGAAAGGCUCCAAGAUAUCUGCAAGCAAGCUGACGCCACAGUCGUUCUUACUUCGAAAAGUAAGAGCGAUCUGUCGUUUAGCCUGGCACCUGAGGUUGUCAUUGUCAAUUCGGGCAAUCUUGCGACCUGGAAAUACCAGCCUACGCCCCAAAAAGAGCAGACACGCGACUAUAAUGACGCUGUAUUCGCCGUGUUUACUAGUGGAUCAACGGGGAAGCCUAAGGGCGUCAUUAUCGAACAUCGGGCUCUUGCAACUAGCGCCGUAACUCACGGAAAUGCCUUGCUUAUGGACACCACCUCAAGGGUUCUCCAAUUUGCAUCAUACGCGUUUGAUGUCGCAGUCAUGGAGCACAUAACCACGCUUCUUAUGGGAGGUUGCAUCUGUAUACCAUCGGAUUUACAGAGACAGGAUAUUUCGAGAUCUGUAGCCACUUUCGAGGCCAACUGGGCCUUCCUCACUCCUUCUGUGGCUAGAGUUCUGAAUCCAUCUGAAUUCAGAACGCUACGCACUCUUGUGUCAGGUGGCGAGUCCAUCACUGCAAAGGAACUUGGCGCCUGGCGCUCGCACGUGAAUUUCUUCUUGGCAUACGGGCCCUCCGAAUGCUCAAUAAUGUGCUCGACACAAUUAGUAACAAAGGACAUCAAUGACAGCCGCAAUCUAGGUCAUUGCUUCGGCAGUACCGGGUGGGUGGUGAGUCCAGACGACCCUAAUCAGCUGCUGCCUAUAGGAGCUGUGGGAGAAUUGCUUCUGGAGGGCCCUAUUGUCGGCCGCGGGUAUCUUAAUGACCUUGAAAAGACGGCAGCAGCCUGGAUAGAACCCCCAGAGUGGCUACUUAAACUCCGUGGCAAAUCUCCUGGCCGUGUAUACAAGUGCGGAGACUUGGUACGAUACAUCGACAAUGGCGAAUUCCAGUUCGUCGCACGCAAAGACUUUCAGGUUAAGCUAAGGGGUCAACGGAUAGAGCUGGGUGAAGUUGAGACACAUCUACGAGCCUCUUUUCGCGGUGCUAGUGAUGUAGUGGUAGAGAUUGUCACACCCUCGGGCAAUGGGCGUCAGCCAAUGCUUGUGGCAUUUGUUUGCUGGGGCACUUCGGACUCAAAGAGUGGUAAUGAGACGCCACACCAGUCAACCGAAUGCUUGUUUACUGAGCCCAGCCGAGGGUUCUCCCUCGAAGCCCAGUUUGCGGAAACCCAGAUAUCUAAGACACUUCCAGUUUAUAUGGUUCCAGUGGUUUACCUUCCCCUUCUAGAUAUGCCUCUGACUGGAAACGGGAAAUUAGAUCGUAAGAGGCUUCGGGCGGCAGCUGGACGUCUAACACCUGACCAGUUAGAGCUGUACAAUUCAUCGGCUGUACCCAACGAAAUGCCGGAAACAGAGAGCGAGCUGCUAUUACAACGCAUCUGGGGUCGCGUUUUGAAUAAGAACAUUUCAUUGAUAGGGAUUCACAACAACUUUUUCCGGCUUGGCGGAGACUCAAUUAGUGCUAUGCAAGUCGCAUCACAGUGUAGUGCUGCCGGUGUAAGCAUCACCGUUGCCGAUAUCUUUCGUUACAAAACAAUCUCUCAGCUUGCUAUCGUACUUCAGAAAUCACUUGCCACAAACUACCAGCCGGAACGGGUAGGCGAAGCUUUCGAUCUCUCACCGAUCCAAAACGUAUACUUUGAGGCUGCGCCUCGAGGCGACUGCCACUUCAACCAGAGCUUCUUCCUGCGGAUAACCCGUUCCAUCUCGACGGUCUCACUUAGUGAUGCAAUUCAUGAACUUGUGAAGCGGCACUCCAUGUUGAGAGCCCGGUUCUCCUGUAAUAAGGAAGGUCGAUGGAUGCAAACCAUCAUGGAUGAUAUAUCUGGGAGUUACAUUUACAAUCAACAUCAUGUCUCAUCAACCAAUGCCACCGGCGAGAUUAUCACUUCUAGCCAGUACGCCAUUAAUUUGCACAAAGGUCCCUUGUUGGUAGCCAAUUUGAUUACUGUCGGGCAUAACGAACAGUAUCUUUUCAUUGCUGCUCACCAUCUUGUCACGGACCUGGUGUCGUGGCGGGUUCUGCUGGAAGAUCUGGAAGAGCAGUUGACGACAGGUUCUAUCUCUAGGCAGCCAUCCCUGCCUUUUCAAACAUGGUGUGACCUACAGUCAGAAUAUGCUACAAAGUACCUAAAUCCAGAACAUGUCAGGUUGGAUAAAGACAUGCCGACUCCCCCAGAUGAUUAUUGGGGUAUUGUUGGACAAUCCAAUUUGGUCAAAGACACUACACAAGAUGGCUUUAGCCUGGGUGAAACGGUUACGAACAUCCUGUUCGAAUCGGCAAACCGGGCGUUCCAGACACAGCCGGUAGAAUUAUUCCAAGCCGCGUUAAUACACUCUUUUGCGCAGACAUUUCGCGAUCGGUCUCCCCCAGCCCUGUGGAAUGAAGGUCAUGGUCGUGAGCCAUGGGCAUCAAAUAUCGAUAUCACAGGGACAGUCGGAUGGUUCACUACAAUGUGGCCAAUGUACGUCCACACAGAUGGUAGUGAUAUACUCCAUGUCAUUCGCAGAACCAAAGACCAGCACCGAGCUGUACCAAGUAGUGGAUGGGCGCAUUUUACGUCUUCUCUACAUCCUCGAGCCCAGGCAUCUCUAUCUAACGAUCUCAAAGAGUUAACGUUUAACUUUUUUGGCCGGUACCAGCAACUAGAGCGCUCUGAUUCACUUUUCCAGUCGACCAGUAGACCUGAGUCUUGCGUAUCAGAUGUAUCGGAUGAAAUUGGUAGGUUUUCCGUCAUUGAUAUAGUGGCUGAGAUGAAGGGCAGUUGUCUUCACUUUGGGUUUCAUUUCAAUCGCCAUGCAGCUUCCAAUCGGCCCAUUGUGGAUUGGAUACAGAGAUGCAAGGAGUCCCUCAUCGACAUGUCGAGAAUACUCCCCACCCAUGCCCUAGAGCUUACCAUUUCGGAUUUCCCUCUUAUGAACUUCACCUACAACUCACUAGGCCAAUUUUUAGACCACGCCACCGUAGAAAGCGGUAUCGCAAUCAACAACAUCCAAGAUAUUUAUCCCUGCUCUCCAAUUCAAGAAGGGAUAUUACUUAGUCAGGCCAAAUCUCCAGAUCACUACCAAACGAUGGUCAUCUGGAGAAUACAUGCAGGCAAUUCUGGGGCCGUCGACGCUGAGCGUGUAAUUGCAGCUUGGAAAAGCAUUGUUGCUCACCACUCAAUAUUCAGGACACUUUUCGUCCGCAGCACUGACGACGGCAGAUUUGUUGAUCAAGUAGUUCUAAAAAAUGUCCCGAUUGAUGUGAACAUUCUUCCAUCUGACACAGCAGCUCGGCUCCUCGGUCAUCUCGAAACACAGCCGAGGCUUACUGCUGAUAAAAUGUCACUUCCUUAUAGGAUGUCCAUCGGCACAACGUCUACCGGCGAUAUCCUAUGCGGUCUGGAAAUCAGCCACGCGCUGUUUGAUGGAACAACUAAGGCGAUCUUACUGCAUGAAUUAGCUCAGGCUUAUGACCACGGCUCGCCUAGUUACGCUGGGCCCGCGUACCGCGAUUAUAUUUCAUACCUCCAGAGCCAGACCUCUUCAGCGCAAAAAGAAUACUGGACCCAAUACCUUGAGGGUGUUAAUCCUUGCCAGUUUCCAUCCAUCGCCGUAGACGAGAUGAUGCCAUCAAAAGACUCACUUGGUUCAGUCGAGAUCGACGUGGGUGAUGCCUCAACUAUUCGUCGAUUCUGCGAACACCACGAGCUUACUAUUUCGAAUAUCUUCCAAGUGGCUUGGGGCAUAGUGCUGAAGUCAUAUCUGAAUUCUGAUGCUGUCUGCUUCGGAUAUCUAUCGGCAGGCCGUGAUGUGCCCGUUCCUCGAGCGCAAGAAGCUAUGGGGCCAUUCAUAAAUAUUCUCGUCUGUCGCAUGGACAUGGACGACUCGAAAUCCUUGAAACAGAUGCUCCGCGACAAUCAUAACACCUUUGUUGAGAGCCUGAAAUACCAGCACUACCCACUCAGUGAUAUCAUUCGAGCAGCUCAGCUACCCGACAGCCGAGCUCUAUUCAAUACGGCCAUGUCUCUCCAAAACAUGAGGCACGCCGACACAGACGCGCGAACUUCAGUCCAGCUUGAGGUAGUCGGGGGUGAAGACCCAUCAGAGUAUGACAUUACUAUUCAUAUCAUUGUCGGCCCAGAGCACAUUGACGUGACCCUAGAGUAUUGGCAAUCGUUUAUUACACAAGAGAUUGCCCAUAGCAUUGCGGACUCCUUGCGCUGGACCAUCGGCGAGGUGAUUGCAAACCCCGAUGCGUCGCUUGGCAGUAUCUCUGUGCUAGGGAGUUUAAGUCGCCAAACGCUGCAUCAAUGGAGUGGAAACUUACCAAGCCCAGAGUUGCACCUUGUUCAUGACUUGAUCCAUCAACGAUGCCUGGACCAACCCGACGCGCCCGCCGUUGAGGCCUGGGAUGGAAGCUUCAGUUACCACGAAGUUGAUCAAAUCAGUUCUAAACUGGCAUUGCACCUUGCUCAGUAUGCUGUUGGCCCUGACAUUUUCAUCCCCGUAUGCUUUGAAAAGUCGAGAUGGACCACUGUGGUGAUGCUAGCAAUCAUGAAAACUGGAUCAGCUUUUGUUCUUCUUGACCCUUCUCAACCAUCUCAGAGGUUAAAAGAGAUAUGCCAGAGUGCGCGGGCAUCCAUUAUUAUAGCAUCGAAACUGCAAACACCAACGGCUUCUGAAUUUGCAAGUCAUAUUGUCACCGUGGGCGAUCAUCAACAGCCCUGGACCGAGGAUGAUCAUAGACAACUACAUAUCCCAUCUCCGCACAACAUACUCUACGCCGUUUUUACUAGUGGCUCAACUGGCAAGCCGAAGGGUGUUAUGAUUGAGCAUAGUGCAUUCGCUACAAGUUCUCGGGAGCACACUGUAGCUCUCACCAUUAAUCAGAAUUCCCGGGUGCUGCAAUUUGCGUCGUAUGCGUUCGAUGCUAGCAUUGCAGAAAAUCUAUCAACGCUAAUAAAGGGUGGCUGCAUUUGUGUUGUGUCCGACAUCGAACGCAGGCAGUCUCUUGCUCAGGCGGUUGCGAGAAUGAGAGCGAACUGGAUCUUCACCACGCCUUCCAUGGCUCGUAUUAUGAACCCCGAAGACUUCCCCUCAGUGAGAACUAUGAUAUGUGGCGGCGAACUAGUAUCGGAAAAGGAGUUGAGUAUGUGGAGAGACAGGGUGGAUUUAUAUCUCGCCUAUGGCCCGACUGAGUGCGCUGUAUUCUGCGGCGCAACCAAACGCGUCACUACAAGAACUAGCGGGCGAAAUCUAGGUACCACCUUCGGUUGUAGGUCAUGGGUCGUUGACCCAAAUAAUCAUGACAAGUUAGUUCCUGUUUGCGCUGUUGGUGAGCUGCUUUUGGAAGGCCCUAUCGUUGCGCGCGGUUAUCUCAGCGACCCAGAGAAGACGUCAGCAGUAUUCAUUCAACAGCCUGCCUGGUUAAGGGACUUCGGGGGGCCAACUUCCAGGCUAUAUAAAACAGGUGAUCUUGUCAAAUAUAAUGCCGAUGGCAGCCUUCAUUAUAUUUCCAGAAAGGAUACUCAAGUCAAAUUGCGAGGCCAGCGACUGGAACUAGGCGAAGUCGAGCACAAAUUGCGGCAAUGCUACCCUCAUUCGACCGACGCAAUAGUUGAGCUCAUAACCUUUGACGGCCAAUCUCGCCGACCUAUUCUAGUUGCGUUUGUCUAUACCGAGAGCAACACAACUAAUGACUCGCGGGGCAUAUUCCACGAGCCUUCACCUGAGUUUCGGUCAGCAGCACAGGAAGCUGAGGCGCUCCUUAAUGAACAGCUGCCAAGCUAUAUGGUUCCGACUUUGUAUCUACCCUUACAACGGUUACCACUUAGCACGAACGGGAAAGCUGAUCGCCGUCUUCUGCGGCACUGUGUAGCAGUCCUACCUCAAGAUAAGCUUCUAGCAUAUAGUGCCCCAUUGGCAACAAAAAGCCAGCCUUCGAAUGAUACCGAACGGAUAUUGCAAGCUGCCUGGGCUCAGAUCUUGAAUAUUAACGUUGAGCAUAUUGGCAUGGAAGACAAUUUCUUUCGCCUCGGUGGCGACUCGAUUAGCGCGAUGCAAAUUGUAGCUCAUUGCGCGAACCAGGAACUCGACGUGAAGAUAACAGACAUUUUCCGCUAUAAAACAAUAUCUUCAACUAGCCGACAUACUACACGGUCGAAAGCAUCCGCAUAUAACAUCGAAUUCAAAGCCGAAACUCCGUUUUCCCUGUCGCCAAUUCAGCAGAUGUUCUUUGACUCAUCUCCCGAUGGCAUUCACCAUUUUAACCAGAGCUUCUUUUUCCGCAUCAAUCGGUUUGUAGACCCAAAACAACUCCUCCAAGCAAUCACAAUGAUUGUGAACCGCCAUCAUAUGCUUCGAGCACGUUUUAAGAAUAUAGGGAGCGAUGAAGGCAGAUCCGAUAGGUGGCAGCAGUUCAUACCGGAGCUUACGGAUGCAACAUUUGCAUUCCGGAGUCAUCAGAUAACUUUCCUAGAAGAGUCCAAAGAUAUCAUUGAGGCGGCACAAACAUCACUCAACAUCAAUUUAGGUCCCGUGUUUGCUGCCGAUUUAAUCAGUACUCCCUCAGAGACACAGUUCCUGUUCGUCGUCGCACAUCACUUGGUAGUCGACCUAGUUUCAUGGAGAAUCAUUCUAAGAGACCUCGAGGACGUACUUAACUCAGGCUCUUUGAAGUCUCGGCCCUCUCUCCCGUUCCAGAAAUGGAUACAUUUACAGGAAGAAUACGCCGCCAAGUAUCUCGGUCCUGAAAUUUCCUACAACGGAAAGCUUCCGCCUCCAAUGCUUGAGUACUGGGGUGUUACUGAUAGAACCAACCUCGUGAGAGAUGCUGUGGACAAAGAGUUCACUUUCAGUGAGGAAAUCACGCGCGUUCUGUUCGGAUCUGCUAAUAAUGCGUUCCAAACGCAGCCUGUUGAGCUCCUCCAGGCUGCCUUGCUGCAUUCAUUCAUGUGCACCUUUGAUGACCGCGACCAGGCGCCAGUGAUCUUCUCAGAAGGUCAUGGCCGUGAGGUCUGGGAUUCGGCGUUAGACGUCACUAGUACAGUAGGGUGGUUCACAACUAUGUCACCCACGUACAUCCAAUCGCGUGACUUGAUGGAUAUUGUACGGCAAACAAAAGAUCAACGGCGGCAAUUACUUAAGAGUGGGUGGGCAUAUUUCACAUCGAGGUAUCUAAAUAACCAAGGCCGCGUCGCUUUUGGGUUCGAUGGACCAGUUGAGAUUGUGUUCAACUUCACCGGCUUAUACCAACAGCUAGAGCGGACGGACGCACUUUUUUCAACCCCCGGCGACUUCAGUCAUGGUGUCCUCGAUAUUGCAGAGAAUUCCCCACGCUUCGCUGUUUUCGAUGUGACAGCCACAUUGUUCAAUAACUGCUUCAGGUUCAGCUUUUUCUACAACCGUCAUGCGGGGGAUACUCGUCCAGUGGACAAGUGGAUUGCCAAUUAUGAGAAAUCACUGCUCGAACUGGCAUUGAUUCUACCUUCCCGCCAACAAGCUAGCACUCUUAUUGAUUUUCCGCUCAUGCCUUUGGACUAUGUGACACUAGAUAGGCUGUUGCAGAAGACCCUCCCAGAGUUCGAACUGUCAACCAAAGACAUAGACGAUAUCUACCCCUGCUCGCCCAUUCAAAACGGCAUGCUCCUUAGUCAAUCCAAAGCGACUCUAAUCUACAACAACCGAUUCACCUUGAAGAUCACCGCUAGGAGUCCGCGUACUAGCAUAAGCAAUGCCGCUUUCGUCACAGCAUGGUAUCAAAUAGCGGAGAGGCAUCCCAUUCUUCGAACAAUCUUCAUUCCAAGUCAGACAAGCCAGGCCUAUAUGGACCAAGUAGUUCUGCGCCGUCUUCCAGAUGGAAUGAUCACCAUUCUGCCAGAUUCUUCAGAUCCUCUACAGGCGUUAAGUAACCGACCAGCGACUGUGCCUGUUAAGAAUCAGCCACCAUACCAUCUUACGCUCUGUCACUCAUCGACUGAAGAACUGUAUUGUCUGUUCGAGAUCAAUCACGCUCUGAUUGAUGGAACAUCGCUACAAGUCUUGGUCAGAGAUCUACAUCGUGCCUACCACGGCUCUUUACCAUCACACUCGGAACUGUUAUACAAAGAUUAUAUUGCAUAUGUCCAAUCUCUUUCAGUUACUAUUGCCAGGGAGUACUGGCAGAGUUAUCUCAGUGGGAUCGAUCCCUGUUUGUUUCCCGCAACUAACAAUCUUAAUGAGCAAUCCGGCGGUCGGAAGAUGAAAGCAGCUACUACACAGUUGCUUUCCAGCAUAAACCUUCGCAAAUUCUGCGAGAAGCAUGCAUCGACAGUAUCAAACAUUUUCCAGUUGGCCUGGAGUCUGGUUCUACGAACAUUUACGGGGUCUGAUGAUGUCUGCUUUGGCUAUUUGACAUCGGGCCGCGAUAUUCCGCUUUCGGGAAUCGAAAAUGCCAUUGGCCCGUUCAUCAACAUGCUCGUUUGCCGAACCAAAAUUUCCAGCAAUAUCACGCUUAGCCAGCUGCUUGAAAUUGUACAAGAAGGCUACUUGCAUAAUACAAAACACCAGCAUCUCUCUUUGGCCGAAAUUAAGCGGUCACUUAGCCUGCCAGACGUACCCCUGUUCAACACUAUUCUUUCCUUGCAGCGGGGAGGAAUGGCCCUGAAGUCGAAAGAAGCCUCUUCGUACGAUAUUACUCUCAACGUUUGGACUGAAGGUGAUAACGUCGAAAUUGCACUACAUUAUUGGACAACAUCAAUGAGCGAAGCACAAGCGUGCAUCGUUCUUGAUACCUUGACCCAGGCUGUAUCGGAAAUAACAUCCAAAGUCGAUCAGCCAGUAGCCAAUUUGAAUCUCUUCGGCCCCCAUAGCAGCGCCCUCGUUAUGGGCUGGAACGAGAUUGUGCCUUCGCCUGUGAACCGCUGUGCCCAUGAACUCAUUAAAGAGCGCAACAUGAACCAGCCAGGCGCGCCGGCUGUUUUGGCUUGGGAUGGCCAGUUUACUUACGCUGAAUUAGACGGAAGAGCCACUGUGCUAGCCGCUUAUCUGGUUCGGAAUUUUAGAGUCGGCCCUGGUAUCUUCGUACCUGUUUAUUGUGAAAAAUCCAAAUGGACCACUGUUGCACUGUUAGCUAUCCUCAAGGCAGGCGGAGCCUUUGUUCAGAUGGAUCCGUCUCAUCCUGUUCAGCGUCUGAAGGAUAUUUGCGAUGAUUGCAAUGCCUCAAUAGUUAUUGCCUCCAACGCCACGGCGCUUGUUGCCCAUGAAUUGGGUCGUCAGGUUGUUGUCAUUGGCGAUAGCCAAUUCAAUUGGGGCACGAGCCCUGAAUCGCUUACUUUCGAAUCCACCGUCCACCCAGAGAAUCCCAUGUGUAAGUACUAUAAACCACCUAUCAAUCGACCGCCCACCAAGAUAGUUUUGCGGGAGUUCCCAGGGGCAGUUCACUCCCACGUCUCGUGGUGUACCAGUGCAGAGGCUAAUCGUAUUGGCCUCUUCUUGAACAACAAAUCUCGUGUUCUCCAAUUCGCAUCAUAUGCAUUUGAUAUUAGUAUUGCUGACAUGCUUCUGACUCUGCUCGCCGGUGGUUGUGUCUGUGUGCCUUCAGAUGAGGAGCGACAGUCCAAUUUGAUUGACGCUAUAAACACCCUGCAGGCAAACUGGGCUUGUUUGACGCCUUCAGUAACACGAAUCAUUGACCCCACGACCGUACCUUCCAUCAAGACGUUAGUUCUCUGCGGCGAAGCUAUUGCACCAGGUGAUAUCGCUAAGUGGAAGCCUCACGUCCAUCUCCUCAACCUGUAUGGUCCAGCCGAGUGUGCUAUCUUGACUACUCUUAAUCGCCACGUCGAAGAUGAGAAGGAUCCCAACAACGUUGGGUUGCCAACGAGCGCGGUAUGUUGGGUCGCCGACCCUCAAGAUUACGAACGGCUUGUACCGGUCACAGCCGUUGGUGAGCUUUUGGUGGAAUCUCCUAUUGUUGGACAAGAAUACUUAGGCGAUCCUGCCAAAACUGCAGCAUCAUUCCUUGAAUACCCCUCAUGGCUGAGACGAAUUCGCGGGUCUGCCGCACGACGCCUGUAUCGGACGGGUGAUCUUGUUCAGUACCUAGAAGAUGGCUCAAUGAGAUAUAUUGGCCGAAAAGACACGCAAGUCAAGCUGCGAGGUCAGCGAGUUGAGCUAGGCGAAGUAGAGUUUCACUUGCGACAAAGGUUCCCAGGUGCUCACGACGUUAUUGCAGAAGUCGUCAAACCCAGUGAUGACGAUAGACCACCCGUGCUGAUGGCCUUCGUCCACUUAGACGGGAACGACGCGUUGAAUCAAGAUGAGCCGACAGAUGACUUGUCUAUCUUUGGUGUCCCAGAUAACCUUUUCAAACAGGCCGUAGUGACAACAAUGUCCCAACUAGACGGUGUAUUACCGAUCUUCAUGGUGCCCACUAUCUUUAUUCCUCUCAUUCGGAUUCCCUUGACAAAGACUGGCAAGACCGAUCGACGAGCUGUAAGGAUCGCAGCAGCUAGUCUUACGCGUGAAAAGAUCCGUUUCUACACGGAGUUGAAUUCCGCUAAGAGGAUACCAAGUACCGAAGCAGAGCACCGCUUCCAGCGCUUGUUUGCCGAGAUAUUUGAUCUCCAAGUCGAGGACAUUGGCGUAGAUGAUCAUUUCUUUCGACUAGGCGGAGAUUCAAUCCUGGCAAUGACGCUAAUUCCCAUGGCUCGCGAGUCAGGUUAUGCCAUAAACAUGUCAGACAUCUUCAGCCAUCCUAAAUUGUCCGACCUAGCUGCAGUCUCUACUAGGACCGAGGCUUCAAAGGUUUCUACACUAGCUCCGUUUUCCCUCAUUGGCGAUAGCAUAAGUAAAAAUGAGCUGGUUCAACUUGCAGCAGAGCAGUGUCUAGUACCAAUUGACCAGAUCGAAGAUAUAUAUCCUUGCACGUCUCUCCAGGAAGGCUUGGUUGCCUUGGUUGCCAAGCGCCCAGGACACUACAUUGCGACCUUCGACUACGAGCUGGCUGAUGCCGUUGAUAUUGAGAGAUUCAAGUCUGCAUGGAAUUACACGGCAGAUGUCAACACGAUCCUAAGAACGCGUAUAAUUCAAUCUGACACAACAGGGUUCCACCAAGUCAUUCUCCGAGGCUUGAUUGUCUGGCACACUUUUGAUGAUGAAGAAUCGUACGAAGCUCACUUGAAAGACGCCAGUAUGGGAGUCGGCGACGUGCUGGUACACUUCGCUCUAAUCUCACCGAAUCCCAAUGCCAAAGGGGGUUUUAAAUUCCAUCUCACGCUUCAUCAUGCCCUGUAUGACGGUUCAUCAUUACCAAGACUAUGGAGUCAAGCCCAGGCCGCUUACGAUGGCAAACCUCUAAUCCCACAGCCCUUUAACCAAUUCAUCGAGUACAUCACGACUACCCGAGGGGCUGACAAAUUCUGGAAAGCCGAGUUUGAGGGUUUGAAUGCCCCUAUCUUUCCAUCUUUGCCUUCAUCCCGAUACAUUCCCGAUGCAAGCUCGUCACUCGAGUAUAAGAUGUCAGCAAUUGACCUUCAGGCGACUGAGUAUACGGCUUCAACGACAAUUCAGUUAGCCUGGGCUGUUAUCAUGUCCUGCUACACCGACACCGAAGAUGUACUUUACGGGUUGACUGUUAAUGGGCGCAGCGCCCCGGUGCGAGGCAUAGAAUACAUGACUGGCCCAACUUUCGCUACCUUCCCGUUACGCACGCGCGUCUCUCAAAAAGACACUAUACAGAAGUCUUUGGCAGCCAUUCAACAGAAGACAGUCAGCACGAUGCCAUAUCAGCACUAUGGCAUGCAGAAUAUGCGCCAACUUAGCCAAGAAGCAUCCACAGCUUGCAGUUUCCAGUGCCAGCUAGCCAUCCAGGCGCCAGGUGGUACCGAUGCAGUUGAGCUACUAGCCAACGCCGCAACCAAGCACGAAGACUAUGGCGCUUUUUCCAACUACGCUUUUGUCAUUGUCUGCCAUCUCCCUGCGAAGGGUGAACGUGACAUCAUUGUGACUGUCAAUUACGAUGAGAGUAUAGUAGAACCAUUGGAGGCGUCAAGAAUGGUCCGACAAUUUGAACACGUGCUUCGUCAACUACAGCGAUCGCAGAUUGAAUCAAAGCCACUCCUUAUCGGUGAACUUGAUCUUAUUAGCCCUGAGGAUCGUGAACAACUCGCCAAAUGGAACCAAGAUAUUCCACCCUCCUCUGAAAUGUGCCUUCAUGAUACUAUCUUACAUCACGCUCUAACCCGCCCUAAUGCGCCAGCAAUCUCUGCAUGGGACGGAGAAUUGACGUUCCAUGAUCUCGACGUUAUGUCCAGUAUCCUAUCCCAGCAACUUCAAUCCCGGGGGAUUCGGCCGGGUGCAUUGGUGCCGCUGCUAUUUGAUCGGUCUAAGUGGGUAGUGGUCGCAAUGAUGGCGAUCCACCGAAUCGGAGCCGCCUGUGUCAAUAUCGACCCAACCCACCCCAGAGGUCGAGUUGAGGAGAUAUUGAACCGCACUGAGGCGGAGUAUAUUUUGACAUCUCCUCAUCAUGAAAAAGCAUUGGCCUUUGAAAACAUCACGAUUAUCACUGUGCCCAUCCCCGGUGAGCACCCUCGGGCCAAAGACUUCUUAGCACCUCAAGUCAAUCUUCAUGAUGCGGCCUUCAUAAUCUUCACCAGUGGAAGCACAGGCACACCAAAAGGAAUCGUCAUGGAGCAUUCCAACCUAGCCACAAGCAUACAUGGUUACAGCACUCAGUCAUACAUGACUCAGAAUACACGUGGUCUGCACUUCGCUUCAUACGCGUUUGAUGCCAGCAUAUACGAAAUCUUCGGUGUGCUCCUUAAUGGCGGAUGCAUUUGUAUCCCUUCAGAGUUUGACCGCCUCAAUGAUGUUGUACCUUUUAUGAAAGAACACAAUGUCAAUUGGGCACUGUUUACACCUUCAUUCUUGGCCCUCUUGGAGCCUGACACGAUCCCGUCUCUUGAGACCGUCGUUCUUGGAGGUGAGGCAAUCUCUCAGGAUAAUGUCCGCACCUGGGCCUCGAAGGUGAGAUUAGUGACUGCCUAUGGCCCCGCUGAGGCCACUAUCUGCGCUAUCGGGCCAUUGUCGGAGACUGGCUGGAAGCAAGGGACUCUCGGGCAUGUGACUGGAGGUGUGGGAUGGGUUACUAUGCCAUCUGAUCCUACACGUCUAGCGCCUAUUGGUGUUCCGGGCGAAUUAGUUCUUGAGGGUGCUGUGGUCACACGUGGCUAUCUGCGUGAUCCAGAGAAAACUGCAGCCGCAUACAUCACCAACCCGAUCUGGCUACGUCCAUUCAGAGAAGGUUUUCCUAGCUCAAGGGUGUAUUUCAGCGGUGAUCUUGUCGUGUACAAUUCUGACGGAACUAUCCGAUACCUUGGGCGUCGGGAUACGCAAGUCAAACUCCGCGGUCAAAGGAUUGAGUUAGGUGAAGUUGAGCACCAUGUACGGCAUUCGUUUCCCAACGUCACUGAUGUGGUAGCUGAAGUUGUCGCUCCAAGCGGCAGCCCUCCUACACUUUUUGCUUUUGUUGCCAAUGUGCUUCAUUCAGACGACCGCCUCGAGAGCUCCUUGUUCCGGGCACCUAACAUAGAAUUCUUAACCCAAAAAGAAGCAGCAACUCGCAAGCUUAACAGCGUUGUCCCUAGCUACAUGGUUCCGUCUGUUUUCAUUCAGGUAUCCGAAAUACCUCGUACAAGUAGUGACAAAGCCAACCGGCGAUUACUACGAGAAGCUGCCGCGACCCUUACCAAGGAUCAGGUCCAAGCCUUCUCCGGAAGUAAUAGCUUGAAACGUAAGCCAGAAACACAGAAUGAGAAGCUUCUACAAUCUCUCUGGGCCCAAACCUUCAAGGUGGGCUUGGAUGACAUUGGUACAGAGGACGAUUUCUUUCAUCUUGGAGGAGAUUCAAUCGUGGGGAUGCGGCUUGCAGCUAUGGCUCGUCGACAAGGCCUACACUUACCAGUAUCUCACAUUUUCCAAUAUCCCACGCUUUCUGAACAAGCUAAGGUUGUUACGACAUUGGCAUCAGCCGCGUUGGCUGAGAACUACCGCCCGGGCUCAUUACUAGGCAUAAAUAGCCUCUCUAGCUUUUUCAAUGCACAGCUCUCAGCUCAGAUUCCACGAUACAAGGCAGAAGAUGUCGAGGAUAUCCUUCCCACAACAGAGCUUCAGAGCUCUCUGCUCCGAGGCAAUAAUGUUACGUACAGCCGCUUGCAUAUGAGCAAUACUCAAGUCGAUCCGAAACGGCUCGAGGCAGCAUGUCGCGUUCUUGUUCGCAAGCAUGCUAUCCUUCGGACAGUUUUCGCUACGUAUCGCGACGUAAUACUGCAAGUUGUCUUGCGCGACGCCGCAUUCAAGUUGAUCGAAAUUAGUUGUGAUGAAGAACUUGACAGUUUUUCAGAAAGACUGUGCCACCAAUACGCUACUUCGCCAGUCCCAUUUGGCUCUCUACACUUCCAACCAUAUCUAGUCUCCCGUUCUGAGUCUGAUCACAUGCUUAUUGUCCGAAUGACGCACGCUCAAUAUGAUGGCGUAUCUUUCCCCAUGAUAUCUAAAGAUCUCACAUCAGCAUAUAGCACCCCAGUGCAAGAAAGCAGCACCGCCCCCUCAUUCGCCCACUACUUGCGCUACCGUUUAGGCCAUCAGACUACAUCCGGUGAAGCACACAAGUUCUGGAGAGAGUAUCUGCAUGAUGCCGAGAUGACCGACAGUGGAGCGCUGUGCCGAGGAAAGUCUUCACACUUGCUCAGGAAUGAUGCCGAAUUUCUCGUCAAACCACUUCGGGAUAUUCCACUUCCCCUCACUCCAGAAGGCAUUACACUAGCCACGCUUGUCAAGGCUGCAUGGGCCGUGGUACUGGCGCGCGCCAGCGGUCACACCGAUAUUGUAUUCGGCCACAUCAUCAAUGGUCGUGACGCGCCGCUACCAAACAUAGACCUCAUCUCGGGCCCGUGCAUCACUGUCUCACCAUUCCGGGUGUCGCUGCCAGCAUCUGUGCUUGCCGCAGAGAACCAUAACGAUGGCAACAAAGAGGACAAACACUGGGUAGUGCUUGACCUAUUGAAGCACGUACAGGCACAGUACACCCGCAGUAUGCCACAUGCCAACAUGGACUUCAGAGAUAUUCUCGCCAAGUCCACAACUUGGGCGCCCAACACAGAGUUUGGCAGUGUCCUCACACAUCAGGACGGAAACAUUAACCUCGGCGGUUCUUUGGGCGAGUCAAGUCCCAUUGCUACCUCUACCAAUGAUGGCAAUGAAAGCAAAGUUCCUGCGACCGAGACGCCAUCGUCGCAGUGGAAGACAAUGGAUUUGGGAAUUCAGCCACACUUCCACGUCGUCACAUACCCCGUCAAUAGAGGCGAUGAAAAGAGGCUUUUCAUUCAGUUUGCCGUGUCGAGCCAUCGCAUCCAUCCCGACGAUGCUGAUCUUGCGAUCGAUGCACUAUGUCGCACUAUGUCUGAGUUUUCGAGUAAUCCGCUUAGCAGAUUGAGGUUGUAGGGAUUUGUUUGGUUCAUUUCUAGAUCAUAUUGGCAUGGGUUUGACAGCUGACUGUUAGAGCGGGCGAUUAUGGCGCAGGCAUAUGGUAUUAAAUGUGUAUUUUCUUUUAUUCAUACUCCAACGCAAUACA